AUGAAGGUCCUCUUCCUAGUCUCUGUUCUCUACUGUUUGGUCCCAAUGAACUCAGGGGACAUUCCGCCUGGAAUUCGAAAUAUCAUCUGCCUCAUGCAACAUGGGACCUGCAGACUUUUCUUCUGCCAUUCCGGGGAAAGAAAGUCCGAGAUCUGCUCCGAUCCUUGGAAUAGGUGCUGCGUGCCAACCGCGGAGAAAGAGAGGAGAGAGGUGCUGACGAGGGAUGACCGCGCCGAGGCGGAACCUGUGGGAAGGCAGCCGGCGUCUUCAAGUACCCCCAGGGCUUAA